UCAGACGGGCGGGCGGGCGGAGCAGAGGAGAGCGGCUGCUGCUGCCGUCCCGGCUGGGCGGGCGGCUGAGGGCGGGAGGCGGCCCCUCGUCGGCAGCCGUGCGGGGAGGAAGCGGCGGGCAGCUGCAGCCGACAUGGAGGAGCGGUCCCCUCCCGGCGGGGGCCCGGCGUCCCCCCCGCGGGGCUGAGCCAGCGGCCUGCCCGCCCCGCGCCUCGGGAGGGCUGCGGGGGAGCGGGGCCAGCGGCGGGCGGCGGCAGCAGCCCCGGCCCGGCUCGGCCCAGGCGAGGGGACUAUGCGGGGCUGCCCCGGCGCGCAGUGUGCGGAGCCCGGCGAGCGGCCGAUCGCCGCGGCGCUGCCCGGCCGCCCCUACGCGGCGGGGACCGGAGGAGACUAGAGGCGACUCUGCGAGGAGCCCGGUGGCUUUGGCAACCCCAGAGACCCAAGUCCGGCGCGGGCUCUUGAGGAGGAAUUGACAACAUGGCUUCCCCACCGCACCAGCAGCUGCUGCAUCACCACAGCACCGAGGUGAGCUGCGACUCCAGCGGGGACAGCAACAGCGUGACGGUGAAAAUCAACCCCAAGCAGCACCAGGGCUGCACCUCUUCCAAGCACUGCAAGUACAGCAUCUCCUCCAGCUGCAGCUCGGGGGAGUCGGGGGGCGCCCGCCGAGCCGGCGGAGCGGGCGGCAGUGGCUCCGGCCUCCGCCGGCCGAAGAAGCUGCCGCAGCUCUUCGAGAGGGCCUCUUCCAAGUGGUGGAACCCCAAGUUCGACUCCAACAACCUGGAGGAGGCUUGCAUGGAGAGAUGCUUCCCGCAGACCCAGCGCAGGUUUCGUUAUGCCCUCUUCUACAUUGGCGUGGCCUGUCUGCUCUGGGGCAUCUACUUCGGCAUACACAUGAGAGAGAAACAGAUUGUUUUCAUGGUGCCGGCUCUGUGCUUCCUCCUGGUAUGUGUAGCUUUUUUUGUGUUCACUUUCACUAAGACUUAUGCCCGCCAUUAUGUAUGGACUUCGCUGAUACUCACCCUCCUGGUGUUUGCUCUGACCCUGGCUCCGCAGUUCCAGGCUCUGAAGCCUGUCUCAGGAAGUGGUGACAUGUCCAACCGGACUCCCCUGGCAGAUCCCACAGACACUUGUCUUUCUCAAGUGGGCAGUUUUUCUAUGUGUAUUGAAGUGCUCUUGUUGCUUUACACAGUGAUGCACUUACCCCUGUAUUUAAGCUUGUUUCUGGGACUGUCGUACUCGGUCCUCUUCGAGACUUUUGGUUAUCACUUCCGUGAUGAGAACUGUUUCACACCUCUGGGAGCUGGUGCGGUUUACUGGGAGCUGUUGAGUAAAGCCUUCCUGCACAUCUGCAUCCAUGCCAUCGGUAUUCAUUUAUUUAUCAUGUCCGAAGUCAGAUCAAGAAGCACAUUCCUGAAAGUGGGGCAAUCCAUCAUGCAUGGAAAAGACUUGGAAGUGGAAAAAGCCCUGAAAGAGAGGAUGAUUCAUUCUGUUAUGCCAAGAAUAAUAGCUGAUGACUUAAUGAAGCAGGGGGAUGAUGAAAGUGAAAACUCCAUCAAACGUCAUUCCACCUCAAGCCCCAAAAACAGGAAGAAGAAGCCCUCCAUACAGAAAACCCCCAUAAUAUUCCGUCCUUUUAAAAUGCAGCAGAUAGAGCAAGUGAGCAUUUUGUUUGCAGAUAUUGUUGGCUUCACGAAAAUGAGCGCCAACAAAUCAGCCCACGCCCUGGUGGGACUCCUGAAUGACCUCUUUGGACGCUUUGACCGUCUGUGUGAGGACACUAAAUGUGAGAAGAUCAGCACUUUGGGAGACUGUUACUACUGUGUGGCUGGCUGCCCUGAGCCCCGGGCAGAUCAUGCCUACUGCUGCAUCGAGAUGGGCUUGGGGAUGAUCAAAGCCAUCGAGCAGUUCUGCCAGGAAAAGAAAGAAAUGGUGAACAUGAGAGUCGGUGUUCACACAGGGACAGUCCUGUGUGGCAUUUUAGGCAUGAGGAGGUUCAAGUUCGAUGUGUGGUCCAAUGAUGUCAAUUUGGCCAAUCUGAUGGAGCAGCUUGGGGUGGCUGGGAAGGUCCAUAUUUCGGAAGCUACUGCCAAAUAUUUGGAUGACCGUUAUGAAAUGGAGGAUGGAAAGGUGGUUGAGCGUGUCGGUCAGAGCGUGGUAGCCGACCAGUUAAAAGGUUUAAAGACCUAUCUGAUCUCAGGUCAGAAGGUGAAGGAGCCCCAGUGCAGCUGUUCUCAAGCGUUGCUUCCGGGCUUGGAGUCAGCAGACGGAGCCAGGACACCGGGAACGUCGUCAGCCGAGAACUUCAGCGACCUGACCAAGACAACCAAGGUAGAAAAGCCCAAGCCUUGCCCUUCAUGUAGUACCACCCUUGCUCCCCACUGCGAUGUCAGCAUAGAUGAAGGAGCUAUCCAAAAUGGUUGUCAGGAUGAGCAUAAAAACAGUACGAAGGCUCCAGGAGGACACAGCCCAAAGACCCGGAAUGGACUUCUGAGUCCUCCCCAGGAGGAGAAGCUCAGCAACAGCCAAACCUCUCUGUAUGAAAUGCUGCAGGAGAAGGGGCGCUGGGGCGGGGUGAGCCUGGACCAGUCAGCUCUGCUCCCCCUGAGGUUCAAAAACAUCCGAGAAAAGACAGAUGCCCAUUUUGUGGAUGUCAUUAAAGAAGACAGCCUCAUGAAAGAUUACUUCUUUAAACCACCUAUUAACAAGCUGAGCCUCAACUUCUUGGAUCAGGAUUUGGAGAUGGCCUACAGGACGAGCUACCAGGAAGAGGUUAUAAGGAAUGCUCCAGUGAAGACGUUUGCCAGUGCAACCUUCAGCUCGCUCCUGGACGUGUUCCUGUCCACCACAGUCUUCCUCAUCCUCUCCAUCACGUGUUUCCUGAAGCACGGCAUGGCCGCGUCCCCUCCACCCCCUGCGGCCGUCGUGGUGUUCGUCAUCGCCAUCCUGCUGGAAGUGCUGUCCCUCGUCAUCUCCAUCAGGAUGGCGUUCUUCCUGGAGGAGGUGAUGACUUGCACCAAGCGUCUGCUGGAGGUGAUAUCUGGCUGGCUGCCUCGACACUUCUUCGGUGCAAUCCUGGUUUCUCUCCCAGCUCUUGCAGUUUUUUCACACUUCACCUCUGAUUUUGAAACAAAUAUACAUUACACCAUGUUCAUGUGUUGUGCCAUUCUCAUCACCAUUGUGCAGUACUGUAACUUCUGCCAGCUCAGCUCCUGGAUGAGAUCCCUGCUGGCAACCGUGGUGGGAGCAGUGCUGCUCAUCCUGCUCUACGUCUCCUUGUGCCCCUCCAGCUCCAUGGAAGCUCCUCAUCUAGAUUUGGCACAGAACUUUAGCUCCAGAAAGAGCCCGUGCAACAGCUCAGUGCCGAGCGACGCCAGGCGGCCGGCGGAGCUGAUGGGCCAGGAGGUGGUUCUGGUCUCCUUCCUGCUGCUCCUGCUGGUCUGGUUCCUGAACCGCGAGUUCGAGGUCAGCUACCGGCUGCACUACCACGGGGACGUGGAGGCCGACCUGCACCGCACCAAGAUCCAGAGCAUGCGGGAUCAGGCUGACUGGCUGCUGAGGAACAUCAUCCCCUACCACGUGGCCGAGCAGCUGAAGGUGUCCCAGAGCUAUUCCAAAAACCACGACAGCGGCGGGGUGAUCUUUGCCAGCAUCGUGAACUUCAGCGAGUUCUACGAGGAGAACUACGAGGGUGGCAAGGAGUGUUACCGAGUCCUGAACGAGCUCAUCGGGGACUUCGAUGAGCUGCUGAGCAAACCCCACUACAGCAGCAUCGAGAAGAUCAAAACCAUCGGAGCCACCUACAUGGCGGCGUCGGGGCUGAACACCUCGCAGUGCCAGGACAGCAGCCAUCCCCACGGGCACCUGCAGACCCUUUUUGAAUUUGCCAAAGAAAUGAUGCGGGUGGUGGAUGACUUCAACAACAACAUGCUGUGGUUUAACUUUAAACUCCGCAUCGGCUUUAACCACGGCCCCCUCACGGCCGGGGUCAUCGGCACCACCAAGCUGUUGUACGACAUCUGGGGGGACACCGUGAACAUCGCCAGCAGGAUGGACACCACCGGCGUUGAGUGCCGCAUCCAGGUGAGUGAGGAGAGCUACCGCAUCCUCAACAAGAUGGGGUAUGACUUUGACUACAGGGGGACGGUCAAUGUGAAGGGGAAGGGUCAGAUGAAGACCUACCUUUACCCCAAGUGCAUGGACAACGGGAUCGUGCCACAUCACCAGUUGUCCAUAUCUCCAGACAUUCGGGUGCAAGUGGAUGGCAGCAUUGGGCGGUCUCCGACGGAUGAGAUUGCCAACCUGGUGCCUUCUGUACAGAAUUCUGAUAAGAUAGCCCAUGGCACAGAUAACUCAGAAGCCAAGGACAUCCUUCCUUCCGCCAAGAAGCUCCAGAAAGACGCGGCGAAGGCAGAGGAGAGGUGCAGGUUUGGCAAAGCCACGGAAAAGGAUGACUGUGAGGAAACGGGGACUGAGGAGGUCAAUGAACUGACAAAGCUAAAUAUCUCUAAGAGUGUAUGAUGAACUGUCAGAGUUGCAUGAAGUGCUCUGUCCAUAGAAACACACAGACUUUUGCAAUUGGCAGUUUUCUUUUCCAAGAGAGACCUUCUCCACACCUGGGUUGUACGUUUGUGUUCAUUUCGGCACCUGGGGCUGUGUGGAUCAUGGCUCUUCAGGGCUUGUUUUCAUCCAUCUGUCUCCUCCAUGCCCCAAACCACAUCCCAAGCUCCCCAGCUCCCUGUGCAACCAUCUUACAGCUGAGUAGAGGAUAUUAAGUGCCUUCAGAUAUACUCCAUUGGACUCCCUGUCAAGGUACAGAGGCCCCAAGUGAAAUCAUAGCUUUGGGUAUUUAUCUAAUUUUAAAGAAAAGAAAAGCUGUGGUUAUAUCAUUUUUAUUGUUGUUUCUCACAAAACACUUUUUUUGGCUAAUGCAACUCCUUGGGUUUUUUAUAUCUCUCGGAACAAUGUUUUACUGUUAUCAGACCUUUUGUAUGUAACACACAGACAUGUGCAUGUAUCUACCAUAUGAGACUGCUAUAAAGUGCCAGUAAUGCACCACAAGAAUGUCUGGGCGAGGGGUGACAGCCUUUGGGUCGGGCUGGAGGGGGAGUUGUGCCGUGGCUCAGCCUUUAGUUAGGGCAGGAGGAACAGCUGCUGUCGUUCUGUUCUCCUUUCCCGAUGCUUUCUGCAGCCUCCAUGUGCCAUCGUGUGCUUUGGAUAACUUCUUUUCCAUAUAGCCAAUGAGUUACUGAUCCGUGGGAAUGGAAGGAGGGUUGGGACAGUUUUCCAGAAGCAGGAGAGACCACGGGAGUGCUGCAGUUCAGGGCUCCCGGCUCCGUACGCAGCUCAGUGGGCGAAGGUAGGUGACAUCGGUGUCUCUGAGCUGAUUGGAGAGAGAGAAAGAGAGAAGCAAAAUAAAUGUUUUGGGAAUGCCUUUA